UAUAAAUAUUUAUUUUAUGCUUUCCGGUGGUUUAUAGAGAAAUAUCAGUGAAAUAAAAGUGGUAUUUCACUGUUUCAAACAGUGAAACAUAACAGUGAAAAAUAUCGUUAUUUUUCACUGUUUCAGUUAGAUACUGGAACUACUUCCCCAAUAACCCCAUGGUGAGCCUCAAUUGCAAUUUUCAUUCAAGGGAGACUAGUCUACUUGAACCUGAAACACACAUUUACCUCCCUUAAACAUAAUUAUUUCGUCUGCUGCUUAACUCUUUAACAACAAUGGAUGAAUUGGAAAACAAUGAAAUAAAUCUUCUUUUCUCAAAUAUCUUUGACUUUGAUGACUUUUUUAAUGAAAUGAAUGAACAAGAUGAUGACAGCGCUUCAAAAUCACAAGAAAUAACAUCAGCAGCACCAACAGCAGGAGCAGCAACAUCAGCCCCACAUCCACUGGUAACAGCAUCAACACAGGAAGAAAAAGAACAAAACCCAACAUCAACACCAACAAGGAAUUUCAGAUCUGUAAGUGUGGAUAGCUUUCUGCUUGAAAACGAAAAUUUAAAUACAAAAAAGAAAACCGACAAUGACAUCAGACUUUUCAAAACUUUCCUAAAAAGUCACAAAAAUGAGGCAAGAAAUAUUGAAAAUAUACCUCCUCAUGAAUUGAACCCUCUGGUCUGCGAGUUUUUGUUGGGUGUGACUAAAAAAGAUGGAUCAGAGUAUGAACCCACAUCUUUGAGGGCAUUUUUAAGCUCAAUCGACAGGCAUUUAAGGCACAUGAACUACAAGCACUCUUUGAUAAAUGACCCUGAAUUUGCCAAAGUGAGGGAAGUAUUAAAAAGUAAACAAAAAGCUCUGAAAAAAGAAGGUUAUGGAAAUAAACCGCAUCAAGCCCAGGCAUUAACAAAUGAACAUAUUGAAGCUAUGUACGCAGCUAAAACUCUGGGAGAAUCAAGCCCAAGAGCUCUAUUACACUCACUGUGGCUUAUAUGUACAACCCAUUUUGGGAUGAGAACCGGCAAGGAAAUUCACACCCUAUGCUGGGGUGAUGUCAGCCUUGGAAUCGAUUUUGAAACUGGUGAAGAAUUCAUCACCUUCGACACUGAGCGUCAGACAAAAACCCGUACUGGUGAAAAUCCUAGGGAUAUAAGGAAAGUCAAGCCACUGGCAUAUGCAGUUCCCGAACAACCUGACAGAGAUCCGGUGCAUCUCUACAAGCUAUAUGCCGACAAACGCCCUGUUGACAUGAUGACAGAAGACAGCCCCUUCUUCUUAACUCCUGGCAACAAGACACAGCAAUGCUGGUUCAGGAAGUCUGCCAUGGGAAUAAACAAGCUAUACAGCAUAAUGACCGAGAUGAAAACAGAUGCUGGUAUUCAAGAGCCAAGAAUCACCCCAUACAGUGCAAGAAAGCACUUGAUUCAGAAGCUGAAUGACGAGAAUGUUCCUGCUCAUCAAAUAAUACAGAUUUCAGGGCACAGAAAUAUUAACAGCUUAAAUAAUUACAGCAGUUUGAACAAGGAACAGUCAAAAAAUAUUUCAAAAAUACUUUCUCAUUCAAACCAGUCAGUUGAAAAGCACAACCGCACAGCCACUGCCACUGCGUCAGCCACACCUGCAUCAAGUGAUUUUCCGAUGGCCCGAGGAUUUUUUGUCAACUCACAUUUCCAGGGCAAUGUAACAUUUAAUUUUCACAACUCUGAAUCUUACAUGGGCCUUUCCCAGACACAGAACGUAGUCAAUCACCAGAGGCAAUCUCCAUCCCGUACACCGGCGGUAACCGCAGAUUCCCCUGUACAGCGACACUACAAGCGAAUCCGUCUUAUUGCAGAGAGUGACAGUGAUUGAUAUCGAAACCAUUUAGCACAAAAACACUGUUGAAAUAUGUUUGCGUUCCUAGUUUAAUCCAGUUAUGUGUUAUUAAUCCAGCAAGUCGUAAAAGUGUUGUUCAACAUGGCGAGCACUUUCGUAACUUUGAGAUCAGUUGAAUACACAAAUUACUACGCCAGUAUAUGCAACACUAUUAAUUUCAUAAUAAUUUAAAUUAAACUAUUGUUUGUAAUAAUAUUGAAUGUAUAAAGUAUGAAAAAGAUAUAUGUUGAAUAAAACAUUGAUUUUAAUAGUAA